CGGUAGCAAUACACACUGUCAUUGCAAAGGAGUAAAAACUUAGCUUCGAGUCGCUGCCGUCAAAUACGUACUUCAUUUUCGAACUUCAAAACAAUUUGAAUUAUCAUCGUCAAUUUUUGUUUUGCGAACUUUUGACUUUCUGCAGCCGUUAACUUUUGCUGACCCUUAAAGUCGUGCAACCGAAACAAGCAAAAAGCCAAGAUGAAAGUUGUCGGAUCUACCUGCACACUCAGUGGCAAGGUUGGCAGCGGGGAGGUGGUGCGUUGCCUCGCAGACCAGAGUUUGGCGAUUUCCAAGUGUAAAAUUCCGUUCCUGGACGAACAGAUGAGCGUUUUCCUUCAGGACAUGAACAGCUGUUACAGCAAAUUGAAGGAGUUAGUGCCCACUCUGCCUGCCAACAAGAAGGCCAGCAAAAUGGAGAUCCUGCAGCACGUCAUUGACUACAUUUGGGACCUUCAGGUAGAGCUGGACGAGCCAGGCAUGAACCGUCAGCAGGCAGCCAAUGGAUCAUCUCUCAGCCGCUCGCCACUGACUACCCUCAACACAGAGCUGGCUAGCAUCGCUGUUGAGAAUGGGUGCUCGGAUGAUCGAAUCCUGUGCCGCUAAAUUUUCCAUCACUACGAGCACGAAGAACAAACAAGGUUACUACGAGUGAAUUUCCAUCACUUCCAAAAACCUUGAACCAAGUAGAGACUUAUUAAGCCUCCCGUGAUAGCAGCAAGACUUUCGAGUGUGAUCUGUAAAGAGACUUGAGAGGAAAAUGUCCCGUGAGCUGGCUGAAGAGCUCGCCAAGUUUGUGUCAAACUCCGAAAGGCUCCGCGAUUGAUCCACGGUCACGAGGGUGCCCAUGUAUAGCGCCACAUUUGUAUGCUCUCACUUGUUGCGCUGUAUCGGAUCCACGAGAGACAUUCCAUAUUUUUUAUUUUUUAUUUUUCCUCGUUACCUUUGUUAUUCGCAAUGUAGGAGACUUUAUAUUUUGUUAAAGAAAUGUCAACUUCUCAGAUUACUGAGUAAUAUUGUAUUGUAUAUUACAAUGCUUUACGACGUGAGUCAUAUUGU